UUCCAAGGCCUCCCCUGUAUAAAAGACGGGUUUUUAUGUUAAGUUUAUUCAUUAUUUCUUUAAUUCAUUCGAUAGUUAUUUAUUCUCUUACUAACACUUUUACCAAGUGUUUAUAUAGGUACUCGGAGACACAUCCCGAAGACGACACUCGGAAGGAACCCGAAGACUUCAUCGAAUCCUUAUACACUUUUAUACUUACGAGAUGAUACUUCAUUGCAGCUGAUCAUGGGAAAAUUACAGGAGUAUGAGCAGAUGUCAGGGCAACUUAUCAACAAAGGAAAAAGUUCCUUCUACAUGCAUAGUAAAGUUGCAAAUGUGAUAGUGCAACAGGUGGACGCUAUUACUGGUUUUACUAGAGGAUCUUUCCCUUUCACAUACUUAGGCUACCCAAUCACACAUGCAAGAAAGAGAAAGGCUGAUUAUAGUGACUUGACCAAAAAGUGAAGGACAAACUGGCGGCUUGGAAAGGAAGACUUUUAUCUUUUGGAGGAAAAGCUGUUUUGAUCAACAGUGUUUUACUGAGUAUGCCAAUUCACUUACUCUCAGCUAUCAGACCUCCAAAGGGUGUUAUAUAUGACCUGCAUAGGGUGGUUGCAAGAUUUUUCUGGAAUAAUAGUGAAGAAGGAAGAAGAAGACAUUGGUCUUCAUGGAUAAAUCUGUGCUUGCCAAAGGAGGAAGGUAGAGUUGGCUUCAGAUCCUUAUUUGAUGUUUCUAAAGCAUUAUGUGCUAAACUCCGGUGGAAAUUUAGAACUAUAAAUACUCUAUGGUCAAAUUAUAUGUGGAACAAGAGACAAUAUGGAGCAUGAAAUGUGGUGGGAGCCAAGAAGUGGAAUUGCUAAUAUCUAGUUUGAUAAUUUGACAAAACUUGGAGCUUUAUACUACUUAAUUCCUGAUGAGUUUGUUAUGGAUGAAACAGUACAAGAUGUGAUGGAAUUGAGAAAUCAGGAUGGGUGGAACAUAAGUAAACUACAACAGCUUUUUCCUACUGAUAUUGUUGAUCAAAUACUGGAAGAAUUAGACUUUCAUGAAUCUACAGAAGAAUGGGAUAAAACAAAGUGGAUGAUGACAGCAUCUGGUAAAUUUACAGUUGGAAAUGCAUGGGAGCUCUUAAGAAGGAAAGCUGGGAAGUCUGAUAUAUACAAAAGCAUGUGGAUACCAGGUUUGCCUUUCAAAAGCUCAUUCUUUUUCUGGAGAUUGUGGAAAUGCAAGCUGCCAGUAGGGGAUAUAGUGAGAAUGAUUAGGAUUGAUACAGAAGGAAAAUGCUAUUGUUGUGAUCCUAAACAAUGUGAAACUGUAGAUCAUCUAUUUGUCACAGGAAAAAUUGCUUCACAGUUCUGGAGAUAUGUUAAAGCUGUUGUAGGAAUCACAACAACUUUGCUUCAAGUGAAACAAGUGAUACAGGUGUGGUGGAAUGCUGAUUUUUUAUCUAAGUUCAAAUCUAUUAUUAGAGCCAUACCAGUGAUCACAAUGUGGCAAAUAUGGAAGUGGAGAAACACUGUGGUGCAUGGAGGGAAGAUGACAAUCAAUAAGGUGAUAUAUGAAAUAAAUUUGACCAUUUAUCAGAUUUGCAGAGUUAGAAAAACUUUGUUUUUGAUUUUGCAGGUGAACAUCAUUUCAAUAAGUACCAAUCACUUCCAAGGAAAGCAAGACAGAUUUUGAAUACUGACAAACCACAGAUGCCAUACAGCAGAAUCAGGCAAGCCAAAGAUCAUCAGAUUCCAGGAGAUUAACACAUGCAAUAAGUUUCUGCAGUAUGUCAAAACUGCAGUAAUCAGGCCUAGAACAGAUUUAGCAAAUUGAAUAUAAGGACUUUUGGACAGGUUACAACAGUGGUAUUAGUGUGAUUACAUGCUCAUUCUGCUGUCACUUGUCCAAAGGAUCCUUUUAUACAAUCAUUCUUGAAGGAAAAGGUCAACACUACAUAGGUCUGGAUCAAACACAGAAACAGCUGAAUAUGAGGAACUUUCUGAAAGAAUUCUAUUUCAUCCUUGAAGCCUGAAUUUUAAUUCAAUGGACUGUGGAUCCAUAGCACCUGGUGAGAGCUUGAGGUGUCAACAUGGCAUCAAGUCAAGGACAAAGGAUUUGCAAUAGACAAGCUUUUAGACUUCCUUUAGUUUGGAUUCAUGUAUUAUUUUCAUUUAUUUUCGGCAUUUUUAGCUUUUGUACAGAACUUGAUUUUUAAUAAAUC